CGCAUCGUCAAUGCCUCCCUUUUCAUUCGCCGUUUUGUUGUCUGCUUCACUCAUACCCACUUCCACGUUUCGAGGCUUUGCUCCGCCAACUAGCCCUUCCAUUUCUUCCACCAUGGCCGUCCAGAACACACAUGGAGAGGACAUGGUGGUACGAUCGAUUCGAGGUGUGCCCGUCACAGAAGAACGCAGACCCUUCCUCAACUCGGGUGGAAAGCUUCAACAUGCAGGGACUGCCCGUGCGAACCUCGCACCGUCAUCUGAAUCUCCACAAGGCACAACAAGCAACAACUGGGCUGAGAAACACUCGCAUCAGACUGUCCUGCAACAGCACUGCGACUUUUUCGAUCGCGACCACGACGGCGUCAUAUGGCCACAAGACACAUUCAUAGGGUUCCACCGCCUCGGCUUCAGUAUCUUCCUUUCCUGGAUAGCUGUCCUCGUCAUUCAUGGCAACUUCUCGUACCCAACGUGCUCGGGCUGGCUGCCUGAUCCAUUUUUCCGCGUGUUUAUCAAGAAUAUUCACAAAGAUAAACAUGGAAGUGAUACUGGGACGUAUGAUACAGAGGGCCGGUUCAUACCGCAGAAAUUUGAGGACAUCUUUUCCAAAUAUGCUGAAGGGAGGAAUUAUCUAACGAUCUGGGAUGUGAGUAACGUGCUGAAGGGGCAGCGGUGUAUUGCGGAUCCGAUCGGCUGGGGUGGUGCAUUCUUCGAGUGGCUUGCUACGUACCUGAUGCUUUGGCCUGAAGAUGGGCGCAUGAUGAAGGAGGAUAUCCGUGGGAUUUACGAUGGAAGUAUCUUCUACAGUCUUGCGGCCAGACGAUCGAGGAGCUUAUGAAAUUGGUCACUGAACAAUGGAGUUUCGGUUAUUUAGGCUUCAUAUAAAGGUUAGUCGCGAUACCGUGGUAUCAGGUGUAUAGAAGGCCUGAUGGGUUAUAUGAAUGUUCUGUAACCACAGACUCCGGUACCAAGCAUUCAAGCGUGGCAAUCGUUGCUCGGUAAAUACCAUUGAGGAAGGCGGUAGCGGUCUGUCAAGUUGCACAGGGCCUCCAGGUAGUGAGACUCCAAGACGUCUAGAUCAACGUCAGGUUCAUGCGAGCCUGAGAAUGGCCACGCAACUAUACCUACAUAAGAGUCUUCCAUAUGUAUCUUAAGUAUCAUCAACUGCAGCACUCAAGUCUUCC